AUGAAAAUUCUUGUUCUAGCGAUUUUUGUCGCAGAGACUUUUGGCUUCAGCAUCCCAUUUAGCUCUGCGCAACAUAAUAUCUACAACGAGAAUUUCCUUCCAAUCGAAAAUGAAGUAAAAAGAAACUUCUUUGGAAAAUAUUUAAACGCGAUGGACGACGAAAACGAUUUCUACAAGCAGUUUCUUAACAAUCUUUCUUUCAAAUAA